UAUUAGAAAUAUGUGCGGCUCCUGUCCUGCCUGCAGACAGCCGCCUGCGCCGGACUCCGCUGCCGCUCCAACAUCUGGGAUUCACCUGGAAAACUCUGGAAAAACAAGACACGAUGCCAAACUGGGGCGGAGGCAACAAGUGUGCGGCGUGCCGGGGGACGGUGUACCAUGCCGAGGAGGUGCAGUGUGACGGGAAGAGCUUCCACAAGUGCUGCUUCCUGUGCAUGGUGUGCAGGAAGGGCUUGGACAGCACGACGCUGGCCAGCCACGACCAGGAGAUCUACUGCAAGUCCUGCUACGGCAAGAAGUACGGCCCAAAAGGCUACGGCUACGGCCAGGGAGCAGGGACGCUCAACAUGGACCGAGGAGAGCGGCUGGGAAUCAAACCAGAGCAGACACAGACCCACAGACCCACCACCAACCCAAACCCGUCCAAGUUCGCCCAGAAGUUUGGGGGCUCGGAGAAAUGCGCGCGGUGCGGGGACUCUGUUUACGCCGCCGAGAAGGUCGUAGGAGCAGGAAAGCCGUGGCAUAAGAACUGCUUCCGCUGCGCCAAAUGUGGGAAGAGCCUGGAGUCGACGACCCAGACCGAGAAAGACGGAGAGAUCUACUGCAAAGCCUGCUACGCCAAGAACUUCGGACCCAAAGGCUUCGGGUACGGUCAGGGCGCCGGGGCUCUGGUCCACGCCCAGUGACGCUCCGCUCUGCAGGAUCUCCACAUACACACACACACACACACACACACACACACACUCACAACUGUGUACAUUCCUCUGUCCAACGUGAAAAUCACUGUAUUCCCAAGCCUUUUUACCCCCCGAUAAACGGCUUUGUGUUGAAAUAGGAGCUUUCUGCAUCUACAGAUUUACGCAACAUACAAAUAAAAACUUUUACAAA